AAUUUUAAUUUUUUUUGACAACUUUGAGAAUACUUUCAAACAGAUACGCACACACAAAUUUCAAACAAUUAAAUUCUAAAUUAUGGUCAAGGUUGUGGAGGACAUUUUUGGGAUUGCGAACAAUCCGUUUACCAAGCAGGCACAAGUGAUACGUCGCUACACAAUGACCAACACCAAUCGCCUGUCGGUGGCCGUCAUCCAGCUGGGCGCCACCAUCCAGAGCAUUCAAGUGCCAGAUGCCUAUCACCAGUUGUCCGAUGUGGUCCUCGGAUUCGAUGAUGUUGCCGGGUAUACAAAGUAUAGAAACUACCAUUUCGGUUGCACGCUAGGCAGAGUCUCGGAUGUGGUGGGCAAUGGGGAGUUCAUCAUGGACGAGCGGCGGGUUGUUGUGUCGAAAAAUCAUCACGGCCAGAAGCACCAGAUUAAUGGUGGCUUUGUGGGCUUCGAUCAGGUCAUUUGGGAUUUGGAAAUGAAGAGACCGGAUGGCGUCACCUUGCGGCAUGUGUCGCCGGAUGGACACGAAGGAUAUCCUGGCACCUUGAAGGUGCUGCUUCACUUCACAAUCGAUGACGACAAUCGGUUCUUUAUACAAAUCGAAGCCACCACUAACCAAACGACGCCGGUGAAUAUAUCCAAUCAAAUCAUCUUUAAUCUAGCCGGCCAGACAACCGGAAUCAAGGGCAUUUUCGACCAUCAAAUCAACAUUGAGGCAAUGGAAACGAUGGAAACCUCUGCUCCCGACGAACUUCCCACGGGUCGAUUUAAGAACGUCAAUGAUUCCGUAUACGAUAUCCGAUUGCCCGUAUUCAUGGGCGAUCGAGUGCGUCAGUUUGAACAUAAGCCGGUGAAGGGUUACGAUGUUUGCUUUGCUCUCGACAAGGAAUUUGAUGUAAUUAAAACGCGUUAUGUGGGCAGGUUUUUGCAUCCGGAUUCGGGCAGAUAUAUGGAGAUAUUCAGCAAUCAGCCGUGUGUGAAAUUAACCACCGCCAAUUGUUUCCCCCAGGAACCACUUGGUGAGCCACCGAUAUUGGGUAAAAGGUGCACCCGCUAUUGGCAGCAUUGUGGUUUUAGUCUGCAGCUACUUAACUAUCCGGAUGCCGUAAAUCAGCCGGAUUUUCCACGCAUCUUCAUCAAUCCGGGGGAGCUUUAUUUCCAUGAAACCAUCUAUCAUUUUGGCGUUCAGGAAUCGUGGAAGUGCUGUGCCGAUCCGGAGGAACUGGAAGCCCUAGGCGAAGAACCACUGCGGAAACCAAUGGCUUGAUCACAGCUACUUAGGUAGCUGGUAUGAGGAGCACAGAGAAGGGCGCUUCGAAAAAUCAGCGCUCUAUUAAGGUGUUUCCCAUUUUUGUUUGGUAAUAAUUUAUAUGGAAAAUGAAUUUCAAGGCAAAUAACUAGUUAAAUAUUAUGAAAAGUGCGUUAUGCUGUAUAAAAUUGAAAGUUUAUUCAAAUAAUAAGUA